AUGUUUUACCCAAAGCUCUACGUCGUGUUCUAUCGGCCACGUUAUGGGAACUAUCAGCAUUGGGCCCUGUACGUCGACGAAGAAAGUAACGGUACCAUCUUCGAGGUUACAGGCCAACAUCCGAGUUUCCAACGAAACGUCGUUUACGCUCGCCCCGAUAGUUCGAAGAGCUACCUCGACAAGCUGUACAUUGGAACGCUCAGCCCCGAUGACUUGAAGCGUGUGGCAAAGGCUGCGAAAGAGACAGGCGUGGACAACGACACACUGGAGUGGGAUUGUCAGGAUUAUGUAUUGGAGAUGCUUAACAUGUUGGAAGAGGAAUUCAUUUUGGAGAGUGAUGACGAAGAUUACCAAGUAGCGAGGGAAACAUUGAAGGGAAGAAGGGGAGCGAUGCUUUAG